UCGACUGCGGCAUUAUAUCAGUAUCGAUCAUUUUCCAGAAACCCUUCCAUUUACUAUCCAACGGUUUCCUAAAAAGACAGUUUUUCCGAGUUCAGCAACUGUUUCCUCUUCAAAGUGAAAGCGCUGACUUCGGGGCAAUAAUAAUUGUUUGUAAAUUUUUCAAGACAAUGGAAGUGAAACUUCGAUCGAACCGCGAACGGGGGAUGCGAGGGCGCGAGUCCCUCCGGUUUAAGGGCUGAAUGGCGAGGCAUACGCACGCCACGGGCACUGGCACGUUGUCAGUCACAAUUUCAUGUGAUCCUGGAACGGUCGCUGGUUUCUAUAGUUACGAAUGUUCUUUGAGGUGUCUGUGAGUUUGACUAGUAAGAAACCUUCCGUUAGUACCUUAGUUCCACGCAGUACCUCAGUCGGUGACACAGAUGCGCAUCACAAGGACGCAUGGAUCCCUAUGGAGAAAACAAGGCAGGUACUGGUAGCGAACGCAACUGCUCCCCCUGGAACGUACAAUCCAGAUAUAGAGAUGCUUACUAUGCCUGGAGUUCUAUUGGAUGAAGAUGUAGAAGACGAAAUAGGAGAACCUACGAUAGUCUGUUGCAGAGAAGCAAAAGCUGGAUGCAACAAAGGAAAAUUAACACCCAGUUCCAGUACAAACGAAAGAAGACUUAGAGAUUUGGUAAAAAUAGGAGCUUACGGGGCAGCAAUAAAUCAUACUGCCAUGAUGUUGUCAUUUUAUGGACAAGGUCGAGGGCGACAAGGUCAUCGCACAACCCAUUCUCCACAAUCCCUUCAGCUGUGGUAUACCAGAUUGGCUCUGUUGGUAAAAACCAAGUCAUUUGCUGUUGCUCAAGCUGAAGCCCAACCUUUUAGUCAGCUGGAAAAACCAGACGUAUUUUACCAGUAUUAUCCAGACCAAUAUGGAGGUCGAACAGGAUCGAUGGCAUCAUUUAGCUUCCGACUCCUGUUGGCGGAGAUGCCCAUGCUAUGCGGAAAACCUAAGGAUUCUUUGAGGAAAUUGUUUUGUAUGUGGGCUACGAUCAAGAAAAUGUUAAAUAAUUUAAAUAAAGGUUUAUGUGAAGACGGUAGUAGCCAAGUAUCAGAUAAGAACGAUAAAUCAGAUUCUCUUAAGCUAUGGUCGGGCAGAGAAGUAAAAAUCAUAUAUUCGAUUAUUAAUUGCGCAUGUGCCAUGAAAGAUUAUUCUUUAGCUAUUGAAUUGCUUGGUCAGUUAUGCGACAGAGAAGGGGCUCCGAAAAGUGCACUUUAUUCAGCUUUAGGUAGACUUCACUUGCAAACUGGAAAUAUUUCUGCCGCCGAAGUAUGCUUCAACGAAUCCUCAGUCUUCGGAGCUUCUUGCGUAAGAGAACUUAUAGACAAGGGCUUACUUGCUAUAGCCCAAGAAAACUAUGAGGACGCAUGCAUCUACCUUCAACGUGCCAGCAGUUUAGAUCCAAAUAACAUUAUGAUCCUCAACAAUUUGUCAGUUUGUCUUUUUCAUGGCGGCCGCUCCAAAGAAGCCAUUACGGUCUUGGAAGCAGUUAUAUCAUCUAACCCCAUUGACACCCUACACGAGUCAAUUAUAUUGAAUUUAUGCGCUUUGUAUGACUUGGCAUCGUCCAAAGGGAUAAUGAGAAAGUUUGCCCUCUUGCGGCAAUUAUCGAAAUAUAGUGCAGAUGCCCCGGCACAUUUGCUACAGAAACUUUAUAGUCAGCAAAGCUAGAAAUUAAAGAAACCGUAAAGCUGUAGAACUUAGGGAUCAUUUACCUUGUAACAAAUACAUAUCCUUGUUAAGCCUUAAUAGAAAUGGGACCCUUGACAAUAUAAUAAUAUUUACACAUCAUUACAAAUCAAAUAUAUCGCUUGUACUAUUACAUACAUAUAGAUAUUAUAUUAUUGAUGUUAAAGUUUUAUUACAAGCAAAAGGAUGUUUUUGUAAUUUGCUGAACUGUCCAAAGUUAGAACCUGAUAUGUAAACCCUUUAGUGCCUGAAUCAAAGCUGUUUAAGAAAAUUAUUUUAUAGUAUGUAAAUAGGUAGUAUUGACGAUUUUAGAUCUACCUGUUUCUUUAUACCAUUAUGACCAAUAAAUGUUAGAUAUAAAUAGA